CUUUCCGCCCUGCUCGAGCGCAACAACACUACUGUAAUAAUUUGGUUGUCGACAAUAAUGGAGUCGAUGUCGGGACUGAGAAGCGUCUUGUUGAUGGCGCUCGGCUCGCGCGGGCACAGCGAACAAGAGCUCUUUGACGAGCUUAUGUUCCACAAAUCUCGGCUACAGAGUCUCUUCAAUGUAGGCCCAAGUUCAUCCCAGGAGCAACGAGAACUACAGAGCGGAAAAGUUACCCUCAAUGGCAGAUCACUCGCUGUCAAUGCAGACUUCGCCCAACAAACAAUAUUCCUCGCCCAGCAGCUCAAAUGUUCUGAGAAAUACGUCGCUAGCAUACUGCACUCGAUAAUGGCAGAGAACCCCAACGUAGACUCUGUCGGUGCGAUGGAGGCUACUGUCGUCGAAUUCCACAAGAGACGACGCAAUCUCAUCGACUGUCUGCGGUUCCUGUUCGAAGCUGCCGAGCUAGCACAGUCGUCGGACGCACCAAGAUUGUAUGUCAGGUUGGAAGCGUUUCUGAGGCAGGAAUUAGUGCAGGCGGUUAAGGUUGAUGGAAAGGGCGCGACGCUGGCCAAUCGACUGUUCAGCACAAUCGAAUCGUUGGGUAGUACCAUCACCGAAGCCUACGCCGCUAAGCAGUCUGCUACCAGCAACACCGUACCACCCAGUACAACCGCUCAGCCCAAACUUGGCUUCGACAUCCUAAAUGCGCGUUGCGACUCUCUGAAAUAUGAGCGUCGACUUUUGUCCACGAUUUACUACCAAAUCGCUCGUCUUGGGUAUUUCUCCUCGGCAGACGUUCAGAAGGCGAUCGACUGGCUAUCUACCAAUCCCAAUGACUCCAUAACCUUUUACAUCUUCACCGCCGUCCUCACUGCUUUUGACCCCGCUGACCCCCAGACAUACGGCGGCAGAGUUCGUCGCAGCCUUGCAGUAGACAAGUCUAUGAUCCACUAUAUGAAGAACAAGUUGGGACCUGCUCUCUGUUGGAAAGACUCGAGCCUAAAAGCUGUUGUUACACUUAAAUGGACGCUGUUCAUGACCGAGGCACGUCACCGAGACCCGUCUUUGGAGAAUCAAGAGGGUUUCAAGACCGAAGAGCUCGAAUCCCGGAUCUGGGACGCAGUUCAAGGUGACGCGUUCACCAACCUCGUCGCCGCCCUCAUCCAGCUCCAGAGGAGGUCCCACGGUUCCCUCCCCAGUUUGUAUGCGCACCUCGUUCAGCUUACUCCAGAGCAGGAUCAGCAGCGGGAGCCGCCUGCGGAUGAAUUCCAACCCGCCGUCCUCAACGUCUUUGACGUGCUUGUCAGGUCUUUGAUUGCGUAUGCGAGCUCGGAGCUGCGCAAGAUAAAACAAAGGCAAGAAGAUGUACUUGCAAGCGCGCGAACGGACCGCACGCGGAUGUUUAGGUCGACUGCGACAUCCACAGGUGACGCUGAAGGCCAGACUCCACCACGCAAUGAUAUUGCGACGUUAUACACAUUCAUUGGUAUCCUGUAUUCGACUCUACCCCCUGAACGUGCUCUGCAAUUCUGGGGUGCGACUCCCCAAACCGAUGGACGGCGACUCUCGUACAUCGAGAUUUCGGAGUUAUCUUCCGGGAAGCUUCCUUCGUUCCUCCAGUGGGCCGUCUGGUCCACCCAAGUUAGGGACAUCAGUAUGAUGACGGCGUUGUACAACAUGCUCAGCGGUCUUGCCAAAGGACAGCAAUGCAGCGAGCUCGCAUAUAACUUCUUGGCUCGCGGUGGUUCGGAAGUGAUACCUGGUAGUAGUCUUCCCGCUGCGUCUGGUUCGGCGCACUACAAUGCAGGACAGGUUGUAUCUUGGACAAUGAUUUUCUCUCUCCUCGAGUCGUGGGCGACACCUGCACCCUCCACGCGCGCGAACCAACCACCUCAGCACUCUCUUUCAACGACGUUCGGUCCAUUCGGUUCGCAGAGCCAUACGGCAUUGCAGCCACCCGCCUUCCAACCUGCGCCACAGAUCGUAAUUGGACCUAAGGAGGUCCUCCUUGCACAGGCUUUCCUCCGCCUGUUAUCCACGGUUGCAUUCCACGCGGUUUCAGUCCGUCUCGCCGUCGCAAAUACCGCGCAGUUUCGUGCCAUCCCAACACUUGUAUCUCUCAUUCCCCUCGGCAUCCCUCUCGAGUUGAAAGGCGCCAUAUUCGAUGCGCUGGCAUCCUUCUGCGAACCCGGCGCUGGAUCUGCGGGUGUUGAGUUGUGCAAAACAGUAUGGACGCUUAUGGAGAGGUUGGAGGUCAUCAACGUCCGUGCAGGUACGAGUGCUGGAAGGGUUGGGGGUGUCAUGCUCCCUCCAGUCAAGGGCGUAGAGGUGGAGCUGGACGAGGUUGAAGCAGUCUACAAGUUGUAUCCGGCUACGAUUCCAUUCCUCAACCUCCUCAGCACAUUGUUGCAUACGCCAAAGCGUCUCACACAGAAAGCCCUUCUUACCGAUGUGGAAUCUCUUAAUACGAUCCCUGACAACCUCGGUCAACCAUAUCGCGUACCCGGCAUUGGCCCGUAUAUCAGUUUUGUCAUCGACAAUGUUUUCGCCAACAUACCUAGGAGGGAAUACUUGCACCGUUCGGAGCGUUGGCAGAUGAACGAUCUUUGUUUGAAGUUCGUGGAGCGGACUCUGGCCAGUUGGGAGGUGGAAAGUCUGGUGAGGCUCGGAGAGGAGGGCGUGUUGCGGCGAGAGAAUGUCGUACCGCUCCUCAAUCAUCCAGGCUAUGACGUGAUCUCGCGACUCUUGACCAACUCGCCAUUGCAGGCAAGUAUCCUCUCGUAUAUUGUUGACGGCGUCGAAGGGUUUGAGAAGGAUCUAACGGAAGAAGAGCCUGGCUUGCGAAAUACGAUCGUGCGCGUCCUGCGUAUAGCCCAGCGCGUUCUCGAGGUUCAGGACAUAUUCUUGGAUGUUCUAUUACCUGUCCUUAGUGAGCUCGACGGCGUGCCUCUAGCGGCGAGCGUCCAACCACGCUCUUACUACACGCGGUUGGACCAGGCACUGGCCUAUGGGUCACAAUAUAUUCCCGCGCUCGCAACGUACGUCUUGUACCCCGCAUACCCCGAACUCGUACUCCUUGCGGCCAAAAUCAUCACAGAGCUCGCGCGCACCCUGCCGGUCCACACCAUGCUAAAUCUCAUCGAACGUAGCAACGAAUCGGAACGCAUUCUGAGCGGGUUCCGACAACUACUCGAAACGGACUCGCUGGACGACGUAGAAACGGCUGAAGCAUAUGCAGAGCAGGUCACUGGUGCUGGUGCCCCCGACAAAGAGACACAGGAGUCUCUUGACCAGGCCAUUCGAAGUGCCGUCCUUAAAUUGCUCGUGCAAAACACCCUCCCGGACCGCCCUUAUCCUAACAUCGCCCAUUUCUUACUUUUCGGUGGUUCGGAAGAUGGCUAUCAAAUUCAAGACUCUCAUGCCCUCGGUGCACACCGCACUUGUUCUCAUGUAAUUCUUGAUCUGGUAAACGCUGGCAUACCACCAGCAGGGGGCGGAGGGAGGGAUCGAGACCGUACGCUAUUGGCGCCUACCGAACCAUUGUUCACAGUACUCCCAGCGCUAGCCGAGAAGUGCUACCGGAUCAUCUAUAAUUUAUGCGUGCAUCCUCGGACGUCGGAUCCCACGAUGCGAUACUUGCGAACUCACGAGGACUUUUUCGUCCGCCACCUUGCGGCAAUACCAUCCAAGGUUCCUACGGCUUCCGUUGAGCCACUGAUAGAAAUGCUGUACAACGACGGUGCGCGUGUACUGACGAACGUUCCGACUGUCCGUGCGUUCACGGGGCUGCGUUCACGAAUUUUGGAUCUCGCUGCCCUAGAGCUGCAUGUGUUGACGAACAGGGGACACUUCAAGGGGGUCCUUAUCAUCCUGCAGAUCCUUUACGGAACGGAGAGCCUGCAUGACGAUAUGGACGCAGAAUGGGAGGAUCGAACGAUCCAACCUUUUAGAGAUAUCGGACAGUCGCAACUACGCAUCAUCGAGUUCGUGCAGUCAUUGAGCUUCGAUUGGUCGGAUAGCCUUGCCGUUCAUCCUGUCGACGUUGAGCUUCUUGCUACGCUCAACCUUCAUUCGUGUAUUCGCCUCGAUGCAACCGGCUGCGAGAUCGUCGACAGAUCGGCACUCUUAUCACUCCUUACAACUGCAUCUCGCUCGCUUCACGCGCAAGGGCAGAUUGCCACGACGUCGCUAGCGGAGAAAUUGAAUUCGGAGACAACAUACAUUCUCGAAAGUUGUGCCGUUGAAAACCAUCGACGGGAAAUUACCCACGCCGUCGCCAACGGCUACGAAUCGUGGCGCAGACUGCUGGACAUGACACUCAUGAAAUGCUUCAACAGACUGCCACACGAUCGACGCGAAAACAUGCUAUUCGACCUGCUGCACGUUCUUCCCGCUCUCAUUCGAUCUGACGUACAAAAACGGACGUCAAUUUUACUUUCGGAGGCGAUCUUGACAGUAAUCACAAAACUCCGGGAAGAUCGCAGUUACCAGAUUAUGUUGCAGUCUGCUGGAGGCGACCCGAAGGCUGGGUCGUUACCCGAAGAGCGACUGUAUGCUCUCCUACGUAACAUUCUAGAGUGUAUCUUGGACAGCGAUCGUUCGGAGCUCGUUCGCGGUAAUCUCUACGCAUGCUUGGUUAAUUAUCUCCAUCUUGUCGCCGGUAACGAUCGGUCGCCCCGUUCGGAACCCUCUUCAGAUGUCGUCAGCAGGCGCUCCAUGUCUCUCUCGUUAUCGGUGGUGAGCACGCGGGAAGACUUGUUGCUGUCAGAAAGUCAGUCCGCCCGUUCGGCUACGCCAACUCCCGGAGGCAGGGCAGCUUCGCGUAUUUCCAAUCUGGAGGGCGGCUCGCUUUCGGUGAUGAAGAACGUGACGGAGCGGUUAGUUACUACGAUAUCCCGUGACGCGACCGAUGGUACGGAAGUAUGGAAGACAGUCGCUUUCAUACUGUUGGACUCACUCGUUCACCUCUGCCGCGCGGAGAAGUCGAGGACACUAUUGACGACGUUGGUUCGGUAUGGUUACCUGUCGAGCUUUGUGCGGGGUUUGAAGGAGACAGAGACACAACUUCAGCAUGUUCUAAAGCCUGAUCCAGACGAUCUAAAUCCUCUCUAUGUAUACGAGGCCAAAAUGGCCUUGUUCACUCGCAUGGCACAGUUCAGAGCGGGUGCAGAACGACUGCUCGAAGCGCAGAUACUGCCAACGCUCGCGCAGUGUGAAUUCCUGGACACGAGACCCGAAGCCGACCAGUCAUUCAUGGACCGUGAUUCCUUCCUGCCAUCUGCGAUCCAGCGGUACCAUCAACUUUUCAUGCCGGCUUUGCAACUAGUGGUGGCCAUGCUAGCUUCACUCGGCAUUAAACACACGACUGCAAGCCAUCAGGCUCUGGACUUCUUGUCGAACCACCGCGAUACUAUCAUUAUCAUGCUCAAGAAUGAUUCUGACGAGGUUGGAUUGUCCUAUGUUGAAGAGGUGCAUCUCUUGGUUACGCUCAGCGGAAGCCUCCUACCCUACGUACCCAAAUCAGAGCUAGCGUCCAUGAACACAGGCUUCGGCGGCAUUCACGGUGCAAUCCUGGGCUUGGCUGCCAGAUGCCUGGGUAACGAAAACUGGAGCGCGUUUGUGAAGCCUCAGACAGAUACUGAGGUACUUCACGCCAGCGUCCUUGCACCAGGCCAAUCUGAGAGCCGAUUCGAUGCCACGGUGCGGCACAAGUUGCUGUUGCUGCAGGGAGCAGUCAUCGAGUAUCUCGGUGCGGCGAGCGAUUUCACUGAGCCGGAGAUUACUUUGGUCCUUUCACCAGUUCUGUCUGCACCUCGCCACGAUGAGCGUCCAUCAAGAUUCGUGGCUACGAUCCCCACAGUUGGCGAAGCUAUUGAGGCCCUGAACGACCUCAGCAGUGAUCUUACUGCGACGUUGAAGCAGAUUGCCGAUUUGUCAGCGGAACUGUCCUCGAGGGACCAUAUCCGUGUGGAUAACAUCCAAGAGAUCGUGCACAUCCCCGAUCCCGCCUUCCUCCAGGACCUCAAUAUGACUCAAAAACGUUUAUUGAUCCGUCAAGGAUAUGCACGUCUCAAAACUGAGCUACAGGACGAGGUAAAGACAGCAUUGAGCGCUCUUGAGAUGCUCCUCUUACUGCUCUGGCGACAUCUCGCGAGUUACGCCGAAACCGACCCAGCACACCCUACUGCCCCGCAACCUCCUAAUCUGAAGUCGUCCAUGCGUCUUCUUCCUGCACCUGACAGGGAAUCAUUCAAGGCAGAGGCUGGUAAGAGGCUUGUAGGCCCGUUGAUGAAGGUGUCUGCUUUGGAUCUGGUGAGCAAUUUUUGGAAAAUCUUCCCACUGAAGACGGUGAUGGUUUACUCAUUGACGACUGCUUUAAAGGAUGCGGAAACUGUUGGUGCCGAGUGGCAAUCAUACCAGGGUUACAUUGACAUCAUGUCGAGGCGGUUGAGGGAUACGAUCGGGCUGCACGAUGUGCUCGAGUAGGCGAGCCAGUUGGCACGAAUGGAUGUUUUGUUCCGCCGAGUUCGCUUCAGGUAGUUACAUUAAAACAAAAGAAGCCCCACUAGUGCUUCGCUCCACAUAAACGCACUUCUGUAAUUUGCAGUAGAACCUUGUCCUUUUCGAAACGGGACGUAUUUAAUUCUGGGAAUGCAACAAUGCAUAGCCCUCGAACAAAACAUAUUGGCGCCUUAUAGAUGGCGAAACGCGAAUAAAUAUCAGUGAAAUUAGUUACAACGGUGAGAAAUA